UCACCGGCGGCCGACUCCCCCUUCUCCUCCCUGCAAACCGCUGUUCGGAAAAGCGUAUUCCCCUUCCACCUUUUCCUCCCAGGCGACGCGAAUGGAGAAGGGCUCCGGCGCCGCCGCAGGAAGCAGCGCGCGGCCGCCGCCGAUGCCGCAGUUUGACGAGUUCCCGUUCGAGGGGAAGAAGCCCGUCAAGAACCCCUUCGUCCCCAUCGGUGCAUUGGUCACUGCGGGCGUCCUGACAGCUGGCCUGGUCAGCUUCCGGUACGGGAAUUCUCGGCUGGGUCAGAAGCUGAUGAGGGCCCGUGUGGUUGCUCAAGGCGUUACGGUUGCUCUGAUGGUCGGCAGCGCAUACUACUAUGGUGACCAAAUCAAGUUGUUCAAGAAAGGGUCUAGCCCAUGAACUUGACUGGAUAGUGGUUGUGGUGUACGGAAUGGCAUAUCUUAUGUACUGAAGUUUCACCUGGGGCUCUGCUGUUCGAUUGCCUCCUGGUCCUGGGGAUUAACUAUUGUCAUUCACGCUUGGCUAACUAGAAGUAAUUUUGGCGCAAUCUCCAGGCUUAAGAAUAAAUCCUUUUAUUCGUUGACUCCGCCCCAGUUGUGUGUUACUUAUUGUGUUCUGCAGUCAAGCGUUUUUCUCUUGUUC